UAAAGCUGAAUCACUCGGCCUUCUUCGCACCAACGAACACUAAAAAAUAUGGCUUAAGACGCUGCCUCUGAUCUUCUCCUGUCAGCUCUGUUUCACGAGGAUAAAGACGACGAUCACACCCCUUUUACCGAUGAUGAAUUUGCUCAACGCUUGCAGUUUCAGGAAACCCUCUACUCCUCCUUGAUCACUUCCCAAAACCCACAAAAUGAUCUGUCGUCGUCGUCAUCUUCAUCUUCUUCUUCUUCGCUCCUUUUAUCUUGAUCUUCAUCAUCGUCUUUUCCUUUAAAAAUGGCUGACACUUGCCCUACCCCAGAAACCGAGCCCGUGAAAUCCUCAAAUGAAGCUUGUGAAUUGUAGCAAGUCAUCUACGAGACCUGUGCAGAAAGUAAAAAGACUUCCCAGAUGUUCAGAAAUCAGAGAUGCCACCCCUCGUUUUGCUCUGAUUGUGUUGCAAAACAAGUGGCCACAAAAAUUCAGGACAGCAUUGCAGUAGUUUCGUGUCCUGGUUUGGAUUGUAAAAGUGAUAUUGGGCUAGACGCUUGUCGGCCAUGGCUUCCCAAGGACUUGCUUCACAGGUGGGAUCAGGCUCUGUGUCAAGCUGUGUUUCUGGCAGCCCCUAUAUAUUACUGUCCCUUCCAGGAUUGUUCAGCUAUGUUACUGAUUGAGAAUGAGGAAGAAGAUCAUCAACAAGAUAUAGGGGAAGCAGAGUGCCCUGUUUGCCAAAGACGGUUCUGUGCAAGAUGUAAUGUGGCAUGGCAUCCUUAAGUUGAGUGUGAGGAAUUGCAGAAACUGGAAGAGAAUGAGAUAGUGAGGGAAGAUCUGGUUGUGAGAGAGCCUGCUAAAGAGAAGAAAUGGAGAAGGUUUCCACAGUGUAGCUGUGUAGGCUCUUUGCGGAGAGGAUUGAUGGAUGCUUGCACAUCACUUGCAUGUCAGUUUUCUUGCUGCUACUUCAUACUGAAGCAAUCACACUUCAACUAACUGUGUAUGAGAAAGUUCUUGCCUCUGGCUUACUAGUUUUAGUUGACAGGCGCCAGCAUGAGUUUUGCUAGGGGUGUGGAGAACAAUGGACUUCUUCUCGUAUCUGUAUGUUGCCAAGUGAAGUUGGGGAUGGAGGAGGAAGAUUGAGAAGCCUCAGUGUCGAACCUGAAGGUUCUGGUUGAUCUGUCCCACCAGUUUCCAGCUGCUUGAAAUUGAUCUUCCGCCAUGGCUGGUUAAUGAAAAUGGUGGUGGGUAGAUGUUCUUGUCAAGAGCAUCAGAUUCUUGUUUUGUGAGAAGAAAAUGAAUUUAAAACCAUCCAAUUCUUUCUCUAUCAGUGUCAGAAUAAUGCUGAUCAUUGUCAACACUAAACCGAUGAUUCAAAUCUGAGUAGAAGAGUAGCUAGAUGAGGUGGGGGUGUGAACACCGAACCGGUCGGUUCCAAUUCCCUUGACGCCAUAGCAGCCAUCCAAUUUAUGCUAUCACAGAUUCCUCCUCCCUUGUACAGUUUAUGCUGUAUUUGAUUGAGUACCAGAAGUUCAUCAUUCCUCAUGAAAACCUCCCAUCGUCAUCAUCACCAUCAUCAUCGUCAUCUUCUUCUUCUUCUUGGCCAAACCAAGUAACAGAGCAUGUGAAAUCUUCAAAUAGAGCAGUUGAAUCCUUGCAAGUCAUUUGUGAAAUCUGCACAGAAAUUAAACGAACUACCGAGAUGAUCAAGAGCCAAACAUGCCACCAUUCGUUUUGCUCUGAUUGUGUGACAAAACAUGUGGCCACAAAAAUCCAAGACAGCAUAACAUCAGUUUCGUGUCCUGGUUUGGAUUGUAAGAGUGUUUUUGAGAUGGAAGCUUGUCGGCCAUGGCUUCCCAAGGACUUGCUUGAAAGGUGGGAUCAGGCUCUGUGUGAAGCUCUGUUUCUGCAACUCCCAACAAUUUAUUGCCCCUUUAAGGAUUGUUCAGUUAUGUUGCUGGUUGAGAAUGAGGAAGAUCAACAAGCUGCAAAGGAAACAGAUUGCCCUGUUUGCCACAGAUUGUUCUGUCCAAGAUGUAAUGUACCAUGGCAUCAUGGAGUCGAUUGUGAGGAAUACCAGAAACUGAAUGAGAAUGAGAGAGGAAGUGAAGAUUUGCUUGUGAGACAGCUUGCUAAAGAGAAUCAAUGGAGAAGGUGUCCUAAGUGUAAGUUCUAUGUGGAGAAGACAACUGGAUGCUUGCAUAUCACUUGCAGGUGCAAAUAUGAGUUUUGUUAUGCAUGUGGAGAAGAAUGGACAAACACUCAUGGAGGCUGCCAAGGAAAGUAGAUUAUUUAAUGCCAAGGUUUGAUAAAGAGCAUAUCAUUAUCACUUGUCACUUUGUAAUU